AUGCGCAGCCAAUGCGUGGCAGCGUCCAGGACGGCUGCAAACUUCCUCGAGGCUGGAGCACGAAGUAGCACACGAAGAUGCAGAUAUCAGCCGACACAUCAGCAGAGAUGCUUCCAAACAAGGGCGAUACCCCGACGACAAGCCUACACGCCGUCCCUAUUAUCCAACACACCCAUAUCGAAUCUCUCGAGAAGGAUACCUGCUCGGCAAUCCUCCUCGGUUUUACGAACCUCCGAUGCACGAAGAACAUUUUCGACUACACAAACCCAACGACAUGGCGAUAUAACACCCCCAAAACCGGGUGAGGAGAGGAGGGUGACUUUCAUCGACAAGGAGGGCCAUGAACAUACGUUCGAAGUAGCAGACGGAGACAAUCUAUUAGACAUUGCUCAGGCGAACGAUCUGGAGAUGGAGGGGGCAUGUGGAGGAAGCUGUGCGUGCAGUACAUGUCAUGUCAUUGUGACAGACGAUGGAAUGUAUGAUAAGAUGGAGGAACCUUCCGACGACGAAAACGACAUGCUGGACCUCGCUUUUGGCCUGACGGAGACUUCACGUCUAGGCUGCCAAGUGGAAAUGAGCAAGGAACUGGAUGGACUGGUGGUGAAGCUUCCCUCGAUGACCAGGAAUUUGCAAGCAUCAGACUUCGCGGACAAAUAA